GAUAUUUUGUCACAUUACAACCAUAAACAAGCAUCUUUAAUUAGAAUUUUAGUUGAAAAACAAAAUGCUUGUUUUUCGAUUGUGAAGUACAUAGAGGGUGAAGCACACUAUGAUAUGGCGUGAACUACACUCCAUACCAACAGGCGGCGGUAAUGCUUUUUUUUAACGCUUUUUCCCCAACAGCCAAUAAAAAAAAUUACGAAGAGGAACAACAACAACAGCAGCAGCAGCAACAACAACAUGGAGCAGACAGUUGACAAGCUUGAGAGUAUGUUUUUGAAGUCAGAGGCAGACCUGGAGUACAUUGAAAGGCGACUGAAGCUGGAUUUCAUCAAUGGUGCUUCAGAGAGUGAAAAUGUGACUGGAAUCCUGGAAAAUUUGAAGUCCAUCAAGGCCAAACACUCUCUACUCAGGUGUCAGGUCAGCCAGAUCACAGAUGCUCAAAAAGGGUCCAUGGAGUUAAUCAAAAGCAGACUCGGCGCGGCCAUGGAACUGAUCAAACAUUGCCAGCAAGCUUCCCAUUUGGAGGUUGAGUCACUGGCAGAAUCAGAGCAGGAGUCAGCCAUCUUCCUGGAUUCAACCAUUAGUUCAAUCACAGUUGAACUUAAGAGUUAGUCACACGGAGUCCAAGAAUCUACAUCGCCAAGUGAAACGAAAGCCACGGAGAAGUGAAAAGAUUCAGCUGGAGAGAAUCGGAGAGCAGUAACCUCCACAUGAACUAUUAAUUAUAUUGGUUCAUGAUUUAUAUGCAUAUUAAAAGUUGAAUUAAAGUA